AUGUCUAUUCAAGUUUCCUUAGACAACACAGAAUUUUCUCUGGUUUUGGAUGCCCUGCAACUCAUGCAAAGUGAGCUAGCUGUGGCUCUUGCUAAUCGAUUACUCAGCCAUAACCCACCUUCGCCGCAUUCAACCAAAGACGAUCCAGUGGGAGGCAAACAAUACGCAGGUGGACGUGCUCUUUCGGAUGGCAAGGGAUCUCACCGGAUGCAACCUUACCGUCUUUGCCCUAGGAACUCCAGGAAUUUGGCUAUGGGAGGAAGGUGGACCAUCGGAGAAAAAACGGCCUGUUCUUCCAACGUCUCAGCAGAAGCCUUCAUUGGGGUAAUUGCGGCCAUGGACACUGGUCUUCAGUCAGAUCUGGCCCAGUGGAUGGAGAGUAUUUGCUCUGUGGCAUCUGAGAUUCAGUUGUCAGGUGCUACUGUGAUGUCUUUGACUUACCGGUGUAAGGUUUGGGGCAGAAAGGGUGUUGGGUGGAGUUUGAUUUCCAUGGUGAACUACAUGCAGCUAGCAAUGAAAUGCCAGAGUAUGAUAGAUUCAUCCACUAAUUACAGCGAUUUAUACGAAACCCUACCGGUGGACAGACCUACCAUUCGCACCUUUCUGUUCUGGAUUGCUACGGGUUUCAAGUUCAUGCACUUGGCAGCAGGGGGGUCAUUCUAUUUACUAAUUCUCGUGGCCACCAAAGACCUGCGAUGGACUGUAACUAGGAUGCAAGCCAACGUGCCCUGGGAAAUCGCCAAGAUGUUGAGAAGGCCGAAUGCCUGUGAAAACGAUUUACAGGUUCUCAUAGAAAGGAGAAUUAUACCAAUAAUUUAUCGUCUGCGUAAAGCCCUACCUUUGAGCAUGCCUGGUGCAUUUGUAGCCCUGGACAGAGAGGUGGAUUGGACGUGCAUUAGGGACACUGACCGCCUUUUUGAUGGGGUGAAUACUAAUAACUACCAGCUCCCUUCUCGGUGCAAAUCGGCUUGGAGAAGUUGUCUAGACCCUUGCUGGGACGAGACGCUGAGCCUGGGGUGCAUCACCAGGUCAUUUGGAGAUGUCGGCGCAGCAACAGCACUUACGGCUUCACCUGCUGUAAGACUACUGCACUUACCCGAAUUCUUCGACGACUCUACCUCUAUCAAGACGCUCCCAAAGUUGAUUUCCAUAGAGACAGCCUUUGACUGUGAGGCUCCUGAGAACCUACACAAUCCGGUUAACGGCAACAAAGUGCAGAACUUGCUGUGGACUAUUGAGCAGCAAAAGAUCGUUGAGGAGAGUGCAGUAACAAUCAUAGACACAGAAGAUUUAAAGGCGAAGCUAUCCACGUUCUACCCCUCCAGAAUUAAACAACCGGACACCUACAUCAAGAUUCCAAUGUCUAUCCUUCCAGGAGCGUUGGAAAUUCGCAACUUGGAUGGGAGCCUCAUGGUGUUCAUCUGCAAUUUCAUGCCUCCUUCAAUGCGAGAUACCCUUUUUCCUUUACUGAAAUCUGCUUUUGAUUGCCUAGAGGUGUUCAAGAAUCGCACCAUGUUGUCCAUCUCUCAAGAGACCCAGGAUCCUGAGGCCGUAUUACAAUCUGAAGCAAAUGAACCGUUUCGUUGCAUUCACUUUAGCCAUUGGAAUAGAUACGGUCUUUCGGGCAACACGGCACCUGCUGACAUGCACCCUCAUGAUUUGGUGGCUACAUCAGGCAGAACUAACCUCACACAAACGCUGCCUUACAUGUCACGCGAAACUUUUGAAUACGAGCAACUGUAUCUCAACAUCCAGAAUAACCUAAGGGAGGUUUUUGAGUGGAUAGAGCAGACGGUAGCUCAUUAUCUUCCAGAUGACUAUACUGUUCUUGCUGAGCUUGUUGAUAUUCUUCCCAAUGCUGGUGGAUCACUGGUAAAACCUUUCUUGUCUCUGGUGGUGAACAUCAAUGUCUGCACAAUAGGUCAUCGGGACGGAAAGGACUAUCGACUAUGUUUAGUGCUGCCCAUCGGUAGCUUUGUAGGGGGUGGACUGGUGAUGAGGGAGCAGGGAGUUGUUGUUGAGAUCACGUAA